AUGAGUUCUGGAGGUCUGGGGCUCACCGGUGAGCUGGGGGGCGACAUAAGCCAGCAGGAGUUGGACUUCACGGACCUGUUCUUAGACCCAGAUGAUCCAGGUGCCCUUUUCCCCGGCGACAGUCAGCCUCCUCUGCUGGUGGUUGAUCAUCGCUCUGCUUACAUCUCCACCCCAGGCCAGCCAGCAUCCAGCCAAGACUCACUGGUUCAAACCACAGAGACAACAGGAGCCGUGUUCGACUGCCAUGUGCUGACAGCAGGAGCGAGCAACAUACCUGCUCCCAGCCCCAGGAUUGAGAUCACUCCAUCAGGUGAUUCUUUUAGCUCUCGGACUCUGGACCCGAGCCCCGGCUCCAAAGCUCUAGGAGCCUACAGGGAGUGUGUCAGCCCUGCCAGCAGUAACUCUUCCACAGGCUGGCCAGCCGAGGCCUGCUCUCCUCUGACCUCACCGUGCGUCUCACCACCAAAUGGAGGGAACUACGGCAUCUCCUUGCCUGCGUUGGACCUGUGCCCAGGCCUGCAGAGCAUCCACACUUCUUCCGCCCACUCCUCUCCAGGACCCUCGCCUCAGAACAGCAUCACAGACGAGACCUACCUCCAGCCUCAUCACCAUCGCUCCACCUCACCACUUCCCCAUCAGCGUUCCCGCUCCACGUCACCACAGGGAAAGCGCUCUCUUGACCAGGUCCACUCCUGUCAGGGGGGAACACCUGUCAAGCAGCGCUCCCGGAGCCCCAGCCCCAUUCCAUCACCCCAGGAGCAUCUACAGUCUUACAGCCUUCACCAAUACCAGACCCAAGCAGGGUUUCAGCCCCAAACUCAGACGGCACAACCAGGUCUGGCGGAGAUGCUGAGCGGCCUCAGUUCCAACCUUCCCAGUACAGUCCUCCCAGCAGUGGUGAGAGGCACACAUGCUCAGGCCCAGAGGCAGGACUGUGCAUAUGGAGAUGGUUAUGACUGGGCUAUUGAGCAUGAGAGGUUGAACAGGUCUGGACCGGAGGUCAAAUCUGAGACAUUUUACAUGGUCCCACCUGUGUGGCCUCCCACUCAACCUGUUCAUCUCGCUGGAAGGCCCACAUUCAGUGGUCUCUCCGUGGCUCCACUUCCCUCCUUGGAGUGGACAUUGCCCAGUCAGUGCGGCCAGUAUGAGCUACUGAUCCAGCAACAGCCCAGAUCCCAUCACAGAGCUCACUACGAGACCGAGGGCAGCCGAGGAGCGGUGAAGACACCUAAUGGAGGGCAUCCAGAAGUCCAGCUUCUUGGGUACCACGGCACAGCUCCACUGGGGCUGCAGGUCUUCAUUGGGACGGCAGACGAGAGGAUCCUGAAACCCCACGCCUUCUACCAAGUCCAUCGCAUCACGGGGAAGACCGUCACCACACCCAGUGUGGAGAGGAUGGUCAAUGGGACGAAAGUGUUGGAGAUCCCUCUGGAGCCAAAGAACCACAUGAGAGUGGUGAUUGACUCGGUUGGGAUCUUGAAGCUGAGAAAUGCAGACAUUGAACUAAGGAAUGGCGAGACGGACAUUGGACGAAAAAACACGCGUGUCCGUUUGGUGUUUCGUGUCCACAUUCCUGAGCCUGGAGGUCAUCUCGUGUCACUUCAAGUGGCUUCUCAUCCCAUUGAAUGCUCUCAGCGCUCGGCUCAGGAGCUGCCUGCAGUCGAGCGGCAGGACCUGGACCGAUGUUCUGUACUUGGCGGUCAGCAAAUGGUUCUAACUGGACAGAAUUUCACAUCGGACUCCAAGGUGAUAUUUUCAGAAAAGACACAAGAAGGUCAGCAAAUCUGGGAGGUUGAGGCCACUGUGGACAGAGACAAAACCCAAACAAAUAUGCUGUUUGUUGAAGUCCCUCCCUAUCGAGUCCGAACCAUUUGCCAACCGGCUAAAGUCAACUUCUACGUCAUCAAUGGGAAGAAGAAACGCAGUCAGCCUCAGCAUUUUAUCUACACUCCAGUGAUAGCCAUUAAAGCAGAGCCUGUGGAUGAAUAUCAGUUGAAUCUGUGCAGCCGUGCAGAUAAUCAGUCCCUAUCUGGUAUGUCAAUGAAGUCCCUUUGCCAUCAGCUGGAGCAGGAGCUCAACCCUCAAGCCUUGAAUGUUUCACCAACACUGUACCAUCCAACUACUGUAGACCCCCGAGGCCACAUGUACGCCCCCGAAUCGUUUGAUGAGCCCCCCUAUUACCAGUCCAGAGCUGGAGCUCUCAUCAACAGCUCGAUGAUGUACCACCCUUCUAAUCAGUUUUACAGCAACUCCAGCGCUGCCCUGCUGUCCCAUUCUGCCCCAACGUCCUGCCAGUGUGUGAAUGCCAAAACCAUCAUGGCCAAACUAGGUGAAGGUCCACAGGUUGGGGAAUCUUUUGAGGCCUGUUUGUUGUCAAGACAUCAAGCUUUUGUGCAGACAUCUCUGCCUCUGGGAAGUUCGCCGCCUUCAAGAUACGUCCACGUGAAGACAGGAAGUCGGAUGGAGCCAAGUGGGCAGCCUCUCCACCAGACUGAACCCGUUAAAGGAAACCACGAGGAUAAAGCUCCAGAGGGGAUAACAGUCAAGCAAGAGAACCUCAGCUACACCUACCUGGAGGAUGUGAAUGACAUCAUAAGAAGAGACAUGAAAGGACACGGUGGAGACUGAUCCUGCAGCAUCAUUGAAGACUGACACUUUCAGACUUUAAGCA